GAAGGGGGGAGACAAAUGUAAUUUCUGUUGCAUCUGGCCCUCAGCCCUGUGACCAGCCCACUCUACAGCAGCUCCUCGCAGGAAAAGCAUACAUGAGCGAGAAAGCAGAAGCAGUCUGAGUUCAGAGAAAAACUUAAAGCCUUAGUCAGUUGUCAGUGUCAGCAUGGCCGGGGGCUCCGUGUCUGAGUGUAAGGAGUACUUGUUCAAAGUGCUGGUUAUCGGGGAAUUAGGCGUCGGGAAAACCAGCAUUAUCAAACGCUACGUGCACCAGCUUUUCUCUCAGCACUACAGGGCGACGAUCGGGGUCGACUUUGCACUUAAAGUUAUCAACUGGGACAGCAAAACGCUGGUCAGGUUACAGCUGUGGGACAUCGCAGGUCAGGAACGAUUUGGGAACAUGACGCGAGUGUACUACAAAGAGGCCGUGGGGGCGUUUGUGGUGUUUGACGUGACGAGGGGCUCCACGUUUGAGGCAGUAUCUAAGUGGAAGCAUGACCUGGACAGCAAGGUGAAGCUGGCUAAUGGCAGCCCCAUCCCAUCAGUGCUGCUCGCCAAUAAAUGCGACCAGAAGAAAGAGAGCUCAAACAACACAGCCCUAAUGGACAAUUUCUGCAAAGAGACUGGCUUUCUGGGCUGGUUUGAAACCUCAGCUAAGGACAACAUCAACGUGGACGAGGCAGCACGUUUCCUGGUAGAGAAUAUCUUGGCUAAUGACAAAGGUUUGCCGUAUGAGGAGAGCAAUGGAGACCGGAUCAAACUGGACCAGGAGACUGUGGCUGCUGAGAGCAAGUCAGGCUGCUGCUAACACUCAGUCCACUCACAUUAGCCAUCCACCUCCCUUUGGCAGGGUCCAACCCGUUCAUACAGCCUGUGGCUCUUAGCACUCUUCUACAGCCUCUCAGAGGAAUAUGAAUAUGAAUUUUUUCGGGGGUCUUCAAAGCUCCAAGAUCUUCUCCUCCCUGCACCGAUGCCCAUUUGACCUGCACAUCUAAGUUUGUCAUUGUAGCUUUCCCAAGGCCCGAAUAGAAGCCCGAUUUUUAUCUUGAUGUUGUGGCAAAUGUUGUCGCUGCCUCUGCCUGGGUGUUCUUUGUCCCACACCUUUAAACCACAGGAUCUUUAUUAUUGUGUUUGUCUCAACGUAUAUUUUCCUGAUUGUGUAUUCCACCACCAAAUCUGAACCCCACCCGGCCCUCCACGUCUGAACCCUGCUGCUCCCCUGGUUGCCCUGACAGCCUCUGAAGCCCUGGACUAAACCACGCCAGAGAAGGGGUGCAAAGUAGGCAGAAAGUUGAGAAACACAAACUAGAAAACAACCCGUGGCCUCUCAGUUUCUGUCUCUUUGGUCUAUUGUCUCUCAGUAUGCUUGUCAUUCAGUAUUUAUCUGUGAAACAAGACACUUUAUUGCUCCGUGUUUCAGAAGUAUUUCUUCAGUCAACAUAGAUAAUUCCCCCUAAAUCUUUGCAGCACUCUAAUAUUAUGUUUCCAGCUGUCCUUUAGACUACUGUGUAAAAAGUAAGCAAGUUAAGCAUUAUCAAUAUUAAUGUAUCUCAUAUUGCUGUCAUGAAUUGUUGUCUUUAUGCCAUAUUUUCUCUGAAAUAAUAUGCCAUAUUACAGUUUUUGUUAUGUUAAUUGGAGGCGGACACCUUGUUGUUCACUCAAACAUUUACAAGGACACGGACGGACAAUACAGUAUUUCAGAAAGAAACUCUAAUAACGGUACUGAAUGAGACACUGAGAUAUCUUUGUUUGAUUGUCUUUCCACUGGUAUGAAAAUGUAGAUCUGAUUUACAGUAUGUAUUUUUUUAUAAUGUGUUGGGUCAUGCAUUGUACAACUGGUGAGAUGUCAUAAAAACAGAAUCUGACAGAGGACUACACUCUCUUGUACAUAGGGAUGGUAAUCUGUUAAAGUGUUCAAAUGAAAUAUGAAGGAUUUUUUAACAUGGAGUUGAGAUUAAGUUUACAUGUGAAAAUACUUUAAAUCUACAAAACCAAAAUAGAAUAAACAUUUUAACAGA